CAUAAUAUACUGUCAGGUACUUUCCUCAAAAAAUAAAAUAAAAACAAUAAAGAAUAUUUGAAGAUUUACAUAAAAUGUUCUUUAAAUGGUUUACUAAUUUUGAUUCAGCAAAACAACACGAAAAUAAUGAAAGUAAAUCUACUGGACAAGAAAAUUGCAUGAAGAAUAUUGGUUUACAAUCAACCAAAGCAGAAGAGACAUAUAAAGAAACUCAUAAGAACAAUGAAUUGGGACCCAUUCACCAAAAUUUCAAAAAUAAGUUAGACUCUAUGAUAACUAAGCUAUCUUUCCCCUCACUAAAAGCGGAAGAUACCAAAAUCAAUCAAAAAUGUAAUCGUAAUAAUAUGGCAGCAGCAAUAGCUGAAGACAACCUGAAAAAACACGAAAACCAUCAGCCCGUAGAAGAGGGCAAUAAAAAGUGUAAAAAGAAUGGUAACGAACACGUAAACAAUCAGCCUGUAGUAAAGGAACAAAAACCAGUCGAAACGUUUAAGGAACAGAAACCAGUCGAAACGAUUAAAGAAAAUGUUAAAGAGGGUAAUCAAAAGUGUAAAAAAAAUGCUAAAGAACACGAACACCAUCAGCCUGUAGUAGAGGAACAAAAACCAAUCGAAACAAUUAAGGAAGAAAAACCAGUCGAAAAACCAGUCGAAACGAUUAAAGAAAAUGUUAAAGAGGGUAGUAAAAAGUGUAAAAAGAAUGCUAAAGAACACGAAAACCAUCAGCCUGUAGUAGAGGAACAAAAACCAGCCGAAACAAUAAAGGAAGAAAAACCAGUUGAAAUAAUAAAAGAAAAUGUAAAAGAAGGUAAUAAAAAGUGUAAAAAGAAUGCUAAAGAACACGUAAACGAUCAGCCUGUAGUAGAGGAAGAAAAACCGGUCGAAACAAUUAAAGAAAAUGUUGAAGUUUUUGUUGAAGAAGGCAAUAAAAAAUGUAACAAAAAGAAGGAAUCAGGAUUAACAGAAAAAAACUCUGCUGAAACAUUUAAGAAAGAAAAAAUUGAAGAAGAAAAAUUUAAAGAAGAUACAUUUGAAGAAGAAGCAUUUAAAGAAAAUAAAUUUGAAGAAGAAGAAUCUGAAGAUCCUCAAGACAUGCUAAGAAGAAAAUGUCGCGAAACUGAUCAAUGUCAACGUUUAGUUCAGGUAUAUGAAACGUGUAAUGAAAGGGUUAAUGCAAGGCCUCAUACUGCAGAAACCUGUGUAGAGGAGUUAUUUGAUUUAUUAAAAGCUGUUGAUAAAUGUGUUACAAAAGACCUUUUUAAUAAAUUAAAGUAGAAUAAUCAUUUAACA